CAUGAUGCAACUACGAAAUCACAGUCAAAGAUAGAGCGAGACACAUUGAUACCAUCCCAUUUGCUCUCCACGAACCUACAAAAUAGCUGGAAACGCAAUCCAUAAAUAUUGAAUGACCAUGAACUGGGGUCACUUGGGACCAGGCCUUACGUUGCCCUGGCUCGCGCUUGUUCUUACCACACUCGUCCCUAUAGGUCAGGAGAAACGUUUGCGUGGGCCCAUCAAUAGUUACCAAAGUAGUCACGUCGACUGUGGCUUCAAUAGUCCAAGUUCGGCCGUCGGUCAGUACCAGUUCAUGAUUGCAGGACUCCGAUUACAGAUUUCCCUGUUGCCGUAGUUCACCCGGUUCGCCACCUUUAACCGCUGACCGAGGGGCGCGGCAUCAUGCUCCGAAUCUGGCCAACAACCACAGCAAAGUGGAUUCGAAGAAUCGGAAGAUCGGGGUUGGCAGCCAGAAUAGGGUGAGGGAUGUCGUCCGGGUCUCUCUCGUAAAUGGUUUGAAAUCCAAUAUCCGGUGGUCACUGGUGUGGAGCAAGUUGGGUCGGAG